UGCUCGCUUCCUUCCUCCCUGCCCUCCCGCGCUCCCUCCGGGGGCAGGGGAGCCGAAGAACUAAGCGCUCUUCUCUCCCCUGGCACGGGUACGGCUCACUCCUUUGCCAUGGGAGGGCGAGGAGGGGAGGGCUCCCGCUGCACCGGCCCCCUGCGUUCUCUGCUACUGGUGUUCCAGGAGAAAGACCGAAGAGGCAGGCGCCAAGAUGAGAUGGACCAGUCUCCUGCAGUACGUUCCGAAUAUCUGGUCUCAGGGAUUCGUACUCCCCCGGUGAGGAGGAACAGCAAACUGGCCACCUUAGGCAGGAUCUUUAAACCCUGGAAAUGGAGGAAAAAGAAAAAUGAAAAGCUGAAACAGACUUCAUCAGUGUUGGAAAAGAAGAUUGCUACGAGGCAAGGUCGGGAUGAACUCAUUAAAAAGGGUCUGCUGGAGAUGAUGGAGCAAGAUGCUGAAGCCAAAGCAUGCAGUGCUGAUGGUGGCACUAGAGCAACGCAGAGUGAUCCUUCAACCCCUAAAUGCCAGGCCUUUACCUCAGAAGAGACGCAACCAGAAAGCUCCAUAGCAGAAGCAGUAGCAGCCGCAGAUCAGACUUCACUUGACAAGGAGCUGCACUCAGAGGAACAGAAAGAAGAUGCAGCCAAGCUGCCUUCACCAUCUAGUGAAGAAUUAGAGGAUGUCAGCCUGUCCUCUGUGGAAGAGUCUGCCCAAGCCUUACCUAUUUCUGAAUCCACAGACUCCCCCCAUAAACACAUGGAGAGAAACCCAGCCCAGCUCCCCAGCCCCCCUCGGCUUCCAGUCCCACCACCGAAGUCAGUCUCCAAUAAAACAAAUAAAAAUGUAACAGCAGAGAGUGACCCGGAUGAUGUCCCAGUGAAAUCCCCUCCUUCCACAAUCCUGAAGAAUUAUGUUGUUGUUGGUUCCUCCCAAAUCUCAGGACAAGCUACCCUCUUCCAAGCCUCUGGCCAGAAAGUUUCUGAACCCCAUCUUAGAGGACAGCAUUCCACACCCACAGGGUCCCCUCAUCUUGCUGCUGUCCAUAGGCCCCUGCCUCCUAGCAGAGUCAUCGAGGAACUCCACCGAGCUCUGGCGACUAAACACCGUCAGGAUAGCUUUCAAGGAAGAGAGAGCAAAGGGUCACCAAAGAAGAGAGUGGAUGUGCGUCCAUCCAGGACUUCCAGUAUUGAACGAAGCAAAGAGAAAGAAAACGUACUGAGCUGUGAUGGGGGUUCAGAGAACAAACGGAACUCAGUUAAAGAGUCUGAUGAAAACAAAGAAAACAUGAUCAUGAAUUCAGAACUCAAGGAUGAUACACUUUUAUAUCAGGAUGAAGAAGCUUUGAAUGAUUCCAUUAUCUCUGGUACAUUACCAAGAAAAUGUAAGAAAGAGCUUUUGGCAGUGAAGCUAAGAAACAGGCCAAGUAAACAGGAAUUAGAGGACAGGAACAUUUUUCCAAGGAGGACUGAUGAGGAAAGACAGGAAAUCCGGCAGCAGAUUGAAAUGAAACUUUCUAAACGACUGAGCCAAAGACCUGCUGUGGAGGAACUAGAAAGAAGAAAUAUCCUGAAACAAAGAAAUGAUCAGACAGAGCAGGAAGAAAGACGAGAAAUCAAGCAGCGAUUGACAAGAAAGCUGAAUCAGAGACCCACAGUUGAUGAACUACGAGACAGAAAAAUUUUGAUCCGAUUCAGUGAUUAUGUGGAAGUGGCAAAAGCACAGGACUAUGACAGACGAGCAGACAAGCCUUGGACAAGAUUAUCAGCUGCAGAUAAGGCAGCAAUUCGUAAAGAACUAAAUGAAUACAAAAGCAAUGAAAUGGAGGUACACGCGUCAAGCAAGCAUUUGACAAGAUUCCACAGGCCAUAGAGAUUUUCUUCUGAGAAGAAUUUGUCAAUUUUUGAUACCACCACUGAUCUUUCAUCAGGGAACUUCCCCGAAGUUCAGCUCACAAUAACCUGAUGUUUAUGUGAGCCAAGCAAGACUGCACAGGUGAACUCUGCCACACUUACCUACCUACAAGAGGAAUCACUGGAGGGUGUUUCACUCUUUGAUGUCCAAAGAGUGGUGACCUGUGGGGGUGGGAAGAUCAACUGAGGAAAAAGACUGGAGUUAGAAAUACCAGAAGAAAACUGCUGUUCUCCUUGAAUCCUUGUUCAAACUUUACUGCAAUGUAACAGGGAAGAGGAGACGCCGUGCAUGCACAGGCUUUACCAUCCCAAGGCCUCUGACAUCAAGGACGUAUGACGCACUGUCAUUCAGUAUUACGUUGAUGAGACAUUUUUAUUCUUAUCACAAUUAGUUUGUAAACACUUAAGUUCAUGUUAUACAAGAUGAUUUAAUGUAUUAUAAUUUUCUUUUUUUAUAUAACGUCUAACAGAACACAGCUGCAACAUUUUGA